GUCACACUGAGUCACACACAGUCCGACUCCGACGCAGAGUUUAUUUAAUCCGGUUUUUAACGGAACCUGGUCCACUCAAAUUUAGAAGAAGAAGAAGAGAGUUUAUUUCUUACAAUAGAAAUAAAUUAAUAAAUAAUGGCUGACGAAGAUUUCGACGGAGACGAAGUCGCAGAUGAUUUCGAUGAUGUAGAUGACGAGGACAACAUAGAAUUAGAGCCUCAAGAAGAUGAUGGUGAAAAUAUUGAAUUGUUGAACGCUAAUGAAGCUACCGGUGGUGUCCAAAGAUCUAAGAGAAUAACGACGAGAUAUAUGACUAAAUAUGAAAGGGCAAGAGUUCUAGGUACAAGAGCGUUACAGAUAGCAAUGUGUGCUCCUGUGAUGGUAGAAUUAGAAGGUGAGACAGAUCCGUUGCAAAUUGCUAUGAAGGAAUUAAAGCAACGAAAAAUUCCUAUAAUUAUACGCCGCUAUUUACCUGAUAAUAGUUAUGAAGAUUGGGGUAUCGACGAAUUAAUUAUAAUAGAUCAUUAAUUUUCGAUCUCAAAG